UGCCCAACUAGCUAUAGCUCGCUAACACAGCAAACCACACAGCAGGAUGAAUUACGAAUUGACGUCUUGUCUUGACUUUGACUUGGAUUUAUUUUAGAAUUAAUACAUCUGCUUUUUUUUCCUGUUACAAGUGUAUGCCAAAAUCGUUGGACCGCGUUUGUUUGUUUAUUAUCAUCAAUAUUGACACAGCACGAUGGGCGUACUUCAGCGGUUGGACUCCGCCCUUGACUUUGAAGGAAUUGGCAUUCCCAUGUCUGUCCUUGCCAGUUUCCUAGGUUGGUUCUCUCUGUACUGCGUCCUGUGCUUGGCAAACUCUAAACGAAGCUAUGAGUGGCAUUGUCGAGUGGUCACGGGUGUUCAUGCUGUUGUCAUCUCGACCCUCAGUUACGUCUUUGGGAUGUACUACAAUCCUUGGUUCAUAACAAAUCCAGGUGGACGUAACAACAAUCUUGAGAUCCUCACUCUGGUGAUAUGCAUGGGGUAUUUCCUGUUUGAUUUCUGCUGGUGCCUCUGGUUUCGGGAGGAAGUCUUCAUGAUCGCCCAUCAUUUCUUGACCAUUGUCUGCGUCACUGCAUCGCUUGCCUUAGGGAUAUCCGGGACGGAGGUCGGGGCGGCCAUCUUUGGGUCAGAGGUCAGCAAUCCCAUGCUACAGGCAAGAUACUUCAUGCGAGAGACUGGGUACACCAAAACCCUGGUGUAUGAGAUCAACGACCUUGCCUUCAUGAUAACGUUCUUCGUCUGCCGAAUGGGGAUCGGUACCUUCUUCAUCUACUCCUAUCUGCGGCAUCCCGCGCCCCUCUUCAUCUUCCGGGUCGGUUCCAUUGGCCUCUACAUUGUCAGCUUGAUCUUCAUGUAUGGUAUAGCUCGUCUUGCCGUUAGGAAGUAUGGGGGAUUCCUCAAGAGGUUGGUGGGGGCGGGGAAGUCCCACGCCAAGGUUAGGAAUGGUGAUGCUUCAAAGCAGGUCACUCGGGUCACAGGAGGUCAAGUGAAAGGGGUCACGGAAGGUCAGCAGGUCACAGGAGGUCCGGUCAAAGAAGCGCCGGAAGGCCAGGGAAGUAUGCAACUCAAUGGGCAUGCAAACGAUCAUGAACAUACGGAUUAGUAUUUAUUAUGGAUCAAUAGGUGUGCAUUGCUCAAGAUGUGCAAUGGUAGAUAUAAUGAAAUAUUCCAUAUAUUUGUGAGAACCAGAAUAGUGUGAUAGGAAGGUUCCGGGCACCAUAUCAUGAACCUUGUCAGAACUGACAAGUUGUCAUCCUCUGACAUUUACAAUAGUAACAGUCAGAGAUAGGUGCUUGUCAGCCAAUUACAAACUCACGAUUCCACUGAAAUUCAGAAAAGCUGACAAUUAAGUCGCUGGUGCCAACUUUCAUGAAGCACCUCUUGAUUUGUCUGCAGUUUCAUGAAGCAGGCUCCAUGGGAACAUUUUAUGAAGGGUCUUUUCAGUCAUUUGCUCUUAGCCAGUCAGAGACAAGGAUUGCAGUAGCUUAUAGCAGUUUUCAUUAAAAAAUUUAUUUCAUGAAAUUCUCCCCUGCACCCCUUUUGCUUCAGAUCUCUGAAUUCUCAGUUUGGAGGAAGGAAUAUCAAUUCAGUCUACUGUAAUCCAUUUUGAUAUGCCCUUUGUCUUUUUCUUGAUAAUUCCUCUCUUUGCUCCAUAUUAAGAAAUGCUUUCCCUUUCCUAAGUCAGGUUAUUCCUUGUUGUUAACAUAUUUGAUGUCUUCAUCUUUAAAAUAUCAGGGGUCCGUUUUAUAAAGGACUUGCAACUGCUGUAACUUUGCCAUAAUCGCAACUACCAUGGUAACAGGGUUUCAGCAGCCAAUCAAAAUCAAGGUUACCAUGGUAGUUUUGCCAUAAUGGCAAAGUUACAACAGUUGCAAGUCCUUUAUGAAAAGGACCCCAGGUGGGUGUUUCAUAAAAGUUGUCAGCACUGACUAAAUUGUCAGUGCUGACAAUUUCAGUGAAAUCCUUGGUUUUGAUUGGCUGACAGGCACUGGCCUCUGACUGUUACUAUGGUAACUGUCGGAGAAAGACAGUUGUCAGUGCUGACAACUUUCAUGAAACGGUCCCCUGGUUUCUGACAUCAAUGUGACAAUCCAAGUACUGUUUUCAAGUUGCGUUUUAGUGUUUGGGGUAUGGGUGUUUCACAAAUAAGCAUGUGCUAUUUAAAGUGAAAACAUGCAUAAUUACACAUGAUACCUAACACUGGUACGUGACAUUUGCUCCGAUGGAAAAUCUGCACGUUAAGCCACCAAAACUAAAUAAACCCAGUCCUCAUCUUUACAUUAUUUUGAACCAAAAACUCUUAUUGCAACGCUAACUCUAACCCUAUGCCCCCCUGAGAUAUUAAGACAGGAGCAAAUGUCGCAGGAGCAAUUGACGCAGGAGCAAAUGUCGCAGGAGCAAAUGUCGUGUCACCAUAUUACACAGCAAUUCGCCUUAUUAUCAGGGGUGUGAGAGUUCAGUUUUUGUUUGUUUUGUUUUUGUUUUUGUUUGUUUUCUUUUGUCUGUUGAUGUUUUACAAAUAUCCUCCAUACAAAAGUGUAAUUUCAGCUCUGUUUAUUUGUCACUCACAGGGCUCCUUUAUUCUGGAAACAACUCAAUUUUUAUUAAACAAUUUUACUUGCCAAAUGCAAUAACCAGUUAUUUGUUAUGAAUAUUUUUCAAAUCAUGAGUGUACCGUUUCAUAGGUUUUGAUAUUUCAAAAAGAUAUGCACAUGCUGCAUAAUUACUUCCCGCCCCCCCC